AUUUCCUGUGAGUCUGCGCGGGAAGUGAAAACUGCGUGGAGGAGAAGCGGCUCAAGGUCCGCGGGCUGCGGCGUGUGUUGCCCCGGUCUGUCCUCGCCGCUCGCCUCGCGGCCCCGCCACCGCCGCCAUGCUCAUGAAGGGCCGCUUCCCGAUCCGCCGCACCCUGCAGUACCUGGGCCAGGGGGACGUGGUGUUCAAGGAGUCGGUGAAGGUCAUGACGGUGAACUACAACACGCAUGGGGAGCUGGGCGAGGGCGCCAGGAAAUUUGUGUUUUUCAACAUACCUCAGAUCCAAUACAAAAACCCUUGGGUGCAGAUCGUGAUGUUUAAGAACAUGACGCCAUCACCCUUCCUUCGAUUCUAUUUAGAUUCCGGUGAGCAGGUCCUUGUGGAUGUGGAGACCAAGAGCAAUAAGGAGAUCAUGGAGCACAUAAAAAAAAUCCUGGGCAAGAAUGAGGAAACCCUCAAGAAAGAGGAGCAGGAGAAAAAGCAGCUUUCUCAUCCAGCCCACUUUGGACCCCGAAAGUAUUGCCUGCGGGAGUGCAUCUGUGAGGUGGAAGGGCAGGUGCCCUGCCCAGCCCUGGUGCCAUUACCCAAGGAGAUGACAGGGAAGUACAAGGCAACUCUGAAAGCCAGUGCCCAGGACUAAGGCCCCUGGCCUGUGGCUACCUUGGCCACAGGGAAGUCCUUGGUUCUGUCCCAGAGAGACUCUGAAAAUAAAAUGCUCCUGAAUCACUCCAGCAGCAUGGUAUGUAUCCGGUCUGACAGGCACGAGGAGGAAGGCCUGCAUGAGGACAGGGCUUUGGCAUCAGGAAGGUGGAAGGCCAGUCUGUUGACAUCCCCGUCUCUGUCCUGUGGCCUUUUCCUUGUCUCCACUGGCUUCUACUCCCUCUUCCAGACGCUGCUCUGGAGACUUAGAAGUUGCUGUGGUUGGGUCUGGUUGGAGCCAUCUUUGGCCGGCACUGUAUGUUCCCUCCAUUCAGGCUCUUUGGAUAUUUUUCAGAAAUCCCAGGGCAAGCCUUUGUGCAGUGCUCACUUUUUAAACUAAAGCUAACGGACCCUUUCCUCUAGUGGGGCCUGGCUGAGGGGUGUGCCAGACAUGCAGGAGGCCCCAGUGGUUGACAGACAGAGCAGCCUCCCUCAGCAGUGUACCCACUGGGAGGCAGCCCCUGCCAGCCCCUGUGGCCCCAGCUCUGCCCCUUGGCAGGUAGGUUUACGGACCAUGAAGGAUGAAAGCAGAGGGCCCUGCUCUGAGGGGCCGAUACUGGAGGCUGCCUCUCAGCUUGCCUUCUUGCUCAUUUAGUUCUUGCUGACUAAGGUUUGGAAGAGGGUGUGAACUGUUACUGAGGGUUUGCCUAGUACUUUCCUCCUAGGACACUGAUAUUGCUCCCACUUUAGAGACCCCAAAACCCUUAAGGGUCACUUUAAGAAUAAGUUUACUUGGUCAAAAGUGAAGGACCAGCUGGACCACAGACCCAUGGACCACAGACCAGGAGGCUGUGCCCUAUGGGACGCAGCAAGACUGGGGGCUUAGACGAGCAGGUCUGAGGGCUGGGUUCCUCUGCUGAUGGGAGCCUUGGCUAAGGCUUAACACUGUAACAUGGGAAUAAAGGUAUUCCCUGCCCCAUGAGGCAGUUAGCUGUGGGAAAUGAUGUGAAACUAGAAUGUGUUUUAUAUGAAUGUUGGAGAUGAUCCCAUUAAAUUGGGAGAACAUUGGCUGCUUUUACAUUUGAUGCUCAUUAUGAUUUACUGUGAUUUUGUGAGAUCUGUUCAGGGUUAUGGCUCUGGGGGUGCUGGGAGGGGAAGGUGGGCGUGUGGGCCUAGUGUGUAACAGGCGGGCCUACUUCAAUUGUGUUGAGUUGAAAUUCAAUCCCCUGGUGGGCUCUCCCAUCACUGUCAGGAGGAAGGUGGCUAAAAAACAUCUGUUCUUCAUUCUAAUCCCUCCUGUGUGCUGUGUGCUGGCUUUAGUUCCUGCAGUGUUGCUAACAACCCCACCCUGCUGACUGCAGUGGUGGCCUUCACAUCAGCUGACUUGGCUUCCUACUGAGCUGCCAGGCCUUUUCAGAGAGUUCCUUCCACAGCUGGUUGAGACAGAAGGCCUUAUGGAAGUAUUCCUUCCUCAUGGACCCCAGGGCCCAGAAAGGCUGCUAGCCAGGAUUGCCCUGAACCAUGUGACCCCUCUUUAGAGAUAAUCAGUGUCCAGCGCCUGAUGGGACAGUGCUGCUGUUAUGUUUGCAUGUGCUGUUUGAUAGAUAGUAGGUAAUGAUUCAUGGGAAUAAACACCACUGGGGUAUUAUCUCUUUAAA